GCCCUCGCCCCAUCUCCGUCCGGGGUCAGUCAGUCGCUCACUGUCGCAGCCGGAGAGUCUCUGCUUCCCCCUUCUUACCCGCUCCGUGGCGGCAGCUCAGGCUCUUCGGGGAGGGGGAGACGGAGAAAGAGAGAGACGGACUUAAUAAAGUUUCCUGAAACAGCAACUACUACCAAAAAAGGCCCAAGGUGGGGGGAGACUCCCAUUCUUCCCCGCCCCUUUCCAAAAGCCUGAGGGACCGUUGCAGGUGGAGAGGUGCCGGGGGAGCCGGGCUUCGGCGGCAGCCGUUGCCCCGGUGAGGAGCUACUGAGGUCCUGCCCGCUCCGGUUCCAGCUCCUUUGGUGGCGGCGGCGGCUGCUGCGGGGCGGUUCCUCCUGUCAACUGUCUGCGCCCGAGCGCCGCCCGCCCUCCAGCUCCACAGCGCGGAGGGACGCCGUGAGCCUCCGCCACCGUCGCCUCGGGCCGCGGAGGGACGUGGUGAGCUGUGGCGCUUCCGCGUCGGCGCCGGUGGGGACUCUUUGGGAGCGCGUCGGCCCGAACCCCAGUUCCCUUCGCGUGGUCCGCGGAGGCCGCUUCAGGUGGGGUCCGAAGCCGCCUCCCGCUCCAGGCUGUCCCCGAGGCCGCCCGGCCUUCCUUCCGCCAGCCCGCCGGCCCGCCCUCGGAGUUAACCAAGCCGCAAUGAAGAGCUACUUACAGUGAAAGGAAAGUAGGUCGCGCCCACUGAAAAUGCCUUUAAGGGACAAAUACUGUCAGACUGACCACCAUCAUCACGGAUGCUGUGAACCAGUUUAUAUCCUGGAACCUGGAGAUGCUCCUUUGUUACAGCAACCACUACAGACAUCCAAAUCUGGUAUUCAACAAAUAAUUGAGUGCUUUCGAUCAGGAACGAAACAGCUUAAACAUAUUUUAUUAAAAGAUGUGGACACCAUUUUUGAAUGUAAAUUAUGCCGAAGUCUCUUCAGAGGAUUACCAAAUUUAAUUACCCACAAAAAAUUUUACUGCCCACCAAGUCUCCAGAUGGAUGACAACCUUCCUGAUGUAAAUGAUAAACAAAGCCAAGCCAUAAAUGAUCUUCUAGAAGCCAUAUAUCCAAGUGUGGACAAGCGAGAAUAUAUUAUUAAGCUAGAACCCAUAGAAACUAAUCAGAAUGCAGUGUUUCAGUAUAUUUCAAGGACUGAUAAUCCUACUGAAGUCACAGAGUCAAGCAGUAUUCCUGAACAAACCGAAGUUCAAAUACAGGAAACUAGCACUGAACACUCUAAAACAGUUCCAGUUCCAGUUACAGAGAUGGAAACUGUAGAGCCCCCUCCUGUUGAGAUCAUUGCAGAUGAAGUUGCACCUACAUCUGAUGAACAACCUCAGGAAUCACAAGCUGACUUAGAAACUUCUGAUAAUUCUGACUUUGGUCACCAGUUGAUAUGUUGUCUUUGUAGAAAAGAAUUUAAUUCCAGACGAGGUGUUCGUCGUCACAUUCGAAAAGUACACAAGAAAAAGAUGGAAGAACUAAAAAAGUACAUUGAAACACGAAAAAAUCCAAACCAAUCCUCUAAAGGACGUAAUAAGAAUGUUCUGGUUCCAUUAAGUAGGAGUUGUCCAGUGUGUUGUAAAUCAUUUGCUACAAAAGCGAAUGUAAGGAGGCAUUUUGAUGAAGUUCAUAGAGGACUAAGGAGGGAUUCAAUUACUCCUGAUAUAGCAACAAAGCCUGGGCAACCUUUGUUUCUGGAUUCUGUUUCUCCUAAAAAAUCUUUUAAGACUCGAAAACAAAAGUCGUCUUCAAAGGCUGAAUACAAUUUAACUGCAUGCAAAUGCCUCCUUUGCAAGAGGAAAUAUAGUUCACAAAUAAUGCUUAAAAGACAUAUGCAAAUUGUCCACAAGAUAACUCUUUCUGCAACAAACUCUAAAAGAGAGAAAGGCCCUAAUAAUACUGCCAACAGUUCAGAAAUAAAAGUUAAAGUUGAACCAGCAGAUUCUGUAGAAUCUUCACCCCCUUCCAUUACCCAUUCUCCACAGAAUGAAUUAAAGGGAACAAAUCAUUCAAAUGAAAAAAAGAACACACCGGCAGCACAGAAAAAUAAAGUUAAACAAGACUCUGAAAGCCCUAAAUCAACCAGUCCGUCUGCUGCAGGUGGCCAGCAAAAAACCAGGAAACCAAAACUUUCAGCUGGCUUUGACUUUAAGCAACUUUACUGUAAACUUUGUAAACGUCAGUUUACUUCUAAACAGAACUUGACUAAACACAUUGAGUUGCACACAGAUGGGAAUAACAUUUAUGUUAAAUUCUACAAGUGUCCUCUUUGCACUUACGAAACUCGUCGAAAGCGUGAUGUGAUACGACAUAUAACUGUGGUUCAUAAAAAGUCAUCCCGUUAUCUUGGGAAAAUAACAGCCAGUUUGGAGAUCAGAGCUAUAAAAAAGCCCAUUGAUUUUGUUCUAAAUAAAGUGGCAAAAAGAGGCCCUUCGAGGGACGAAGCAAAACAUAGCGAUUCAAAACAUGAUGGCACUUCUAACUCUCCUAGUAAAAAGUAUGAAGUAGCUGACGUUGGUAUUGAAGUAAAAGUCACAAAAAACUUUUCUCUUCACAGAUGCAAUAAAUGUGGAAAGGCAUUUGCCAAAAAGACUUAUCUUGAACAUCAUAAGAAAACUCAUAAGGCAAAUGCUUCCAAUUCACCUGAAGGAAACAAAACCAAAGGCCGAAGUACAAGAUCUAAGGCUCUUGUCUGCCUCGGGAAGCCGUCGUCCCGCAGCGCUGCCGCCACGCGCACGGCUGCCCCGGGGAGCCGCUGCCCCUCUGGGGCUGCGGCUGUCACCACUCGCCAGGCCGCUGCCAGCUGCCGCCCUAAGCUCCGCGGGGGCGCUGCCCGGGAGCGCCAGCUCGCCGCCCGGGGCCUACGGAAGCCCGCGCCCCCUUGAGUGCCACCUCCCGGCCACCGGCGGGAUGACGCCAGCACUGCACACGGCUCCAGUACCUCAGGCGCCUCACCGUAACUCGCCUCUGUGCCCGCCUGCCCUCCAGACCCUCUGUCGUCAGCAAGCUCCCCGGUGCCUGCGGAUUUCACAGACCCCCCCUCACCCCCUGGCUUAGGCGGAACCUGGUUUACCCUCUAACUCCCUCUGCAGACCUUCAGGAGGACCAUGUGCCUUAGGGCCCGGUGGGUGGGGAGGAUGGUUUUCUUGCCAGUUGUUGCUACUCACAGAGCAUUACAUCCUCUUGCUGCCUGCCAAAAUCCUGGUGUCUUUGAGAAUCUUGCCCCUGGACCAGGGAUGUCCAACCCGGGACCCACGGGCCUCAUGAGGCUCAGGAUGGCUGUGAAUGUGGCACAACACAAAAUUGUAAAUUUAAAACUUUGUUUGUGAUUACAUGUUGCAAUGUAUUGAAUGUGUGGCCCAAGACAGCUCUUCUUCCAUUGUGGCACAGAGACACCAAAAGGUUGGACACCCCUGUGAAUACCAUCCUCUUUCCCUCCUAAUAAUUUAUCAACUGCUUAGUUGCUUUCGUUAUUAGUUCUUCCAAGACUAGCUCCCAUUUUAGUCUUUGCCAUCUCAAAUCCUCUCACCAGGUCGCUACCCCCAACCCCUCCACCGUCUGCCAGAAGAUUGUUUUUGUAGUGCACAAAUCCUCAGUGACUGGGGCCAUGCUCCCAAGGACUGAUUUUUUCUCUGUACUGCCACCCCAGGGAACCCACUUCUGCUGGGUUUGCACUGAAGUGUGCUUCUCCCAGACUAUCAGCCUAUUCCCUGUGCAAGACUGAGCACAGUGAGGGUAUUAGUGAUGGUCCAUUCAUGUGGAACGCUGGACUCUUCUAAUGAACAACUUUGGCAUGGGAACUCCUCAGCAGCCUGGCUGAGACUUUCUUAGAACUGUGUUGGGUGCAGUCUAAGGCUCUUGCCCAAUCCCUGCCUCCUUUCAUAGGUGUCAGACUUCCAUUAUGGUGUGAAGGCCUCCCCCUCCUUCUAAUUCUUCCCUUUAUACUCCAGUGUGAUGUUCCCUCAAUAAAACCCUUACAAGUUGAACCCUGUCUUGGUGUCUGCUUCUAGGGGGACCUGAGCUAACACAAUGUCAGACAUUCCACUCUGAUCACCAUUGUUCUAUCUUGGCUCCCUUGUUCACUGACAGCUAAUUUAUUAAUUUUUUCCACUAUGUAUCAGCCCCUUCUUGGAUUCACAUCCUUCCUUUCUAGCCUAGAGCCCAUGGUCCAUCAUUAUAAUCAUUCUUCUUGAAACAUAUGCUUUCAGCAAUCUUGAACCUGAAUUUUUUCCAAUUUACUUUCCUGUAAAAUCCCAAUGCUGGAUGAACUUUACCAUUUGCCUUUCAUGUGCCUGACUGAGAUAAGCAUUUUCUUCUAGAAAAGCACACAAUGUAGCCAACCAGUUUUACUCUGAAUUUGUUAUCUCAAACUUCAAAUUGGUGCUAUUGUUCCUACUGUAGUAUCAGUUUCUCAUUUCUAAAACUACUAUUUAUACUUUUUGGUCUCUCCUCAAAAUUUUCUGAUCCCUUCCUCCCAGUUUACUUCAAAUUUCAUUUGGGAAAUAGAAGGUAUUACAUACAAACUUCCUCAGCUUUCACCACAAGACCCCCGCCUCUGCUUCAUUCAAGGUACUGCCUCGAGGUACCUGGGUAACCAUCUUCAUCCUUUUUUUGACUAUGAAGGAAGUUUCCAAGAUUAGUUCCUCCUCUUGAGCUCUGGAUCUCAUCCCCCUUGCCUUUUCAAGAACUUUUCUCCUUAGGUUAUCCCCUUCCUUCUGUACCAUCAGUCUGUCUCGAAUGAAUCGUUCUCAUCAGAUUGCAGACAUGCUCCAGUGUCCACCAUCGUAACUAAGCGUCCCCUCGUGUGCAUCUUUUCUUCCAUCAGUGACAUUUCUCAGCUCUCUUUCAUAACCAAAUUUCUUUAUGGAAUUAUCCUUAUAUAUUGCUUCUAUUUUCUAACCUAUCCACAGGUGACUUCCACAUCACCACCACUGAAAAUAUCAUUGUUAAGAUCACCAGUCAAUUCCAUAUUACUCUCUCCAAAAGGGUAUUUCCUGUCCUCACCUUGAUUAGUUUUUGCUUCUUUAAAUGUUUUCUAUUCAUAUCCAAGGCAUUAUUCUCUCCUGGUUUUCUUGUUUCACUGAUCACUCCUCAGCAUUAUGCUACCUAUUUCCUGCCUAAAUUUGAAAAGCUGAGGUUUCUCACCUUCAUUUGGGCCCCUCUUUUCUUUCUCUGUCCUUUCCCAGGAUGAUCUUAUCAGUUUUUAUAGAUUUAAGUAUGCAUUUAUGCUAAUGAGUUUAAAAUUUGUUUUCCACUUUGAACUUUUCUAUAAGUUCUAGACUCAAAUGUGUAAUUGCUUGCUCAAUAUCUUCCUUUGGAUGAUACAGAUCUCUCAAACUUAACAUGUCCACAAUUUAAUUCCUCAUUCUCACCCCGAACUUGUUUCCCCUAUUUUUUCCUUAAACAGUAAAAUAGCACCACCAUCCAAUCAUAUGCUCAAGCUAGGAAUCUAGGCAUCACCUUUGAUUCUUUUCAUGGCCUCUCCUACAUCAAGUAGACCAGCAAAAUCGAUCUGUUUUACCCUCAAAUAUAUCUUUAAUAUUUCUGCUGCUUUUCAUUUUCAAUGUUAUCAAUCCUCAUCAAUAUUUUUUUCCUACCUGACAGCCAGUCCUUCCUGGUCUCUGCUCCUGCUCCUUGACCCAAGACCCACUUCUUGAUAGAGUAGCAACAAUGGCUUUACUCAUGAAUUGAAUGAGUAAAGCAUUGCUCAUGAGAUAAAAUCUGAACUCCUUACAUGGCUCAUAGAGUCCUGCAUAAUCUGACCCUUCCCUGUAUCUCGAACCCCACGUAUGCUGCUCCGUUUAUAUUUUCUGCACCUCAGAGGCUUAGUAAGCGCUGUAUCUCUGCUUAAACUUUUCUCCUUGGCUAUUCUCUCCCCCAUCACAACCUUGUCUUUUGGAUAACAGUUGAAAUACAUCAUCUUAAGAAAGGCCUGCCAACAACAUUGAUUGAAAAUAGCCUCUGACCUCCCAUUUACUAUCUCAGUUCUUUUCUUGGAUUCCUUAUCUCAAUUUGUAACUUUAUUUAUUUGUUUAUUUACUUUGUGUGUGUGUAUGUGAAGAGACUGUGUCUGGAGGUCUAGAUUCUUCAACAUUGUAUUCCCAGCCCCUAGAACAAUAUUGGCACAUGUUAGGUGCACAAUAAAUAUCUGUUGAAGGAAUGAACAAUCUGCUAAUUUUUCUUUUGGGAGUUCACUUUUUAUUGAUUUGUAAGAGCUCUUUAUAUAUUACAACCACUACCCGUUUGUUUAUUCUGUAAGCUGCAGACAUUUUUUCCCUUUGUCAUAUAUGUAUCAAUUUAAUUCAUGAUGUCUUUGAUAUACAGAAAUAU